UCUACCAUGCAUCCAUGUAACCUGCAGAGUGAAUGUUCUUAAACUGUUAACCAUUAUCUGAAAUCGUUACUUCUGAAUUACACCCUUGGGCUGACCUCAUAUUUAAAUAAAGGGAAACAUUCAGCAAUGGCAUUCAUAUCAAGAAUUAUGCCUGGGGUGUCACUGACAGGCACCAGCUCUGAACAAAUAUCUCAGAGCAUAAACACACGAAGAAACAUUGUCAUUGAAAUUUCCAACUAUAGCAGCAAGUACAAACUGGGAAACCCAAGGGUCUACACCAAGAGUGGAUAUUGUCUCAGUCCUCCACAGCCUACGAUCCAAAAAAAGACCAAAGAAGUAUGCACAUUUACUAAAACUUCAGACACAGCCUGUGGAGCUGUAGGGGUCCUGACAUACCAAAUUCUCACCAAUGAAAUGGGUUCUGUUGGCGAACUUGCCAUUAUGUUCUCUGUGCCUCAUGACUACCGUUUGUAUGAAAAUUGGUUUGCUUUUGGUAUUUUUACCACAGGCAUGCCAUGUAAUGAAUAUCUAUUCAAGCAAAUGUAUUAUGAUCCAUCCACCAAACACUGCCCAUUCACCAGAGGCAAAGGUACAGGGAGUGAGAUAACAUAUUGUAGAGGAAACAUCAGUGUUAAGGGAACAAUGUCACCUGCAGGCAAAUCAAUUAUGAAGGUUGAAUUUCAUGAUUGGUUGUCUUGAAGCUGUCAAGAAAUACAUACAUUGCUUACUUUGUUAUCUAUAAAUCUUAUAGUUACAAAUGUAUUUGUCUGAACUAUUAAUCCAUAUGUCUGAGUUUAAUAAUUGUUGAACUUUAGUCUGUCUCACCCUAAGUGGAACAGAACACAAGAUCUGAAUAACAGGAAAUGUGCAUGUUUACCUUUUCCAAAACGUUAUGGUAAGAAUGAGCUGGCUUCCUUAAAGGAAUGGAGUGCUUGAGGAAAAACAAAGAGUGGGGGGGGGGGGGGGUCAGGGAAACACAAGGGUGGAGAGGAACUAUAAAAAUGUGUGUGUGACAAUGUUUGGGACUCUCCUCCACCCAGCGACUCUGUGAAAGAGAUUGAGGCCCUUAUGCAUAAAGUUAUAAAUAAAGCAUUAAAAUAUUA